AUGGCCUUCUCUGAACGCCUGAAAGCAUUUAAACCCAAGCAAACCAUUUUGGAGGCUGAAGGGUUUCAAGGGCUCUUGGUGUUCCAUGCUAUUGGUGGUGGCACUGGAUCUGGGCUUGGGUCACUGUUGCUUGAAAGGCUUUCAAUCGUCUAUAGUAAAAAUUCAAAGUGUUUCACUAUUUAUCCCUCUUCUCAGGUUUCAACUGAUGCGGUUAAACCUUAUAAUUCUGUGCUCUCGACUCAUUCUCUUUUGGAGUACUCUGAUGUUGCUAUGCUGCUUGACAAUGGGGCAUUUAUAUAUUGA